CCUUUUCCGUGCUUCUCAGUCAGAGCGACAGAAACGCCCUGACGGAGAUAGAGGGAGGGAGGGAAGGAGAGAGAGAGAGAGAGAGAGAGAGAGAGUGAGAAAGCCAUUGAAUUGAGAGAGAGAGAGAGAGAGAGAGAGUGAGUGAGUGAGAGAGUAGCGGAGAGAGAAGUUUGUAGCCUACUGGAGAAAUGUUGGUGGAGAUAAAUUGAAGCGGGAGGAUAAGAAAAACGCAAUAUUGUUUUUGAAUAAAUCAUAACUUUAUUGGACGGCAAGGGAAUAAAACCAUUUUUUAUAAAUUGUCUCGGAACUAUUGUGUUAGAGAGAGAGACAAAAAUAGAGCAUCCCGUUAUCGAACAAAUUGAUCUGAUGAUCAUGACGGCAGCUGUCGAUAUGAAACCGACGUUAACCAUCAUAAAGUCUGAAAGAAUGGACGAUCUGGAAUGUGGAGACGUGCCCCUGCUCACUCCAGGGAGUAAAGAGAUGAUGUCGCAGGCUCUGAAGGACACGUUCAGCGGCUUCACAAAGGAACAGCAACGACUGGCCAUUCCCAAAGACCCCAAGCAGUGGACAGAGAGCCACGUGGGAGAGUGGCUGACGUGGACGGUGAACGAGUUCAGCCUGAAGAGUGUGGACUUCCACAAGUUUUGUAUGAACGGGGCCAGUCUGUGUGCUUUGGGGAAGGAACGCUUCCUGGAUCUAGCGCCUGACUUUGUGGGCGACAUUCUCUGGGAACAUCUAGAGAUGCUUCAGAAAGAAGACACAAAGCAUUUCCCUGUCAAUGGCCUGACCUCUACCUUCCAGGAAUCCCACUAUACCUCAGACUACUUUGUCAGCUAUGGUAUUGAACAUGCCCAGUGCGUUCCUCCCUCUGAAUACUCCGAGCCGGGCUUCAUCACAGAGUCCUACCAGACCCUUCACCCAAUCAGCUCAGAGGACCUGCUGUCACUCAAGUACGAGAGUGAAUACCCCAACGUCAUCCUCCGGGACAUGCCCCUCAACCCACUUCAGGGGGACUACUUCUCCGUCAAACAGGAGGUGGUCUCCCCCGACAACAUGUGUGUGGGCCGCAUCAGCAGAGGUAAGCUGGGAGGCCAGGACUCGUUUGAGAGCAUUGAGAGCUUUGAAAGCUGUGACCGUCUGACCCAGUCCUGGAGCAGCCAGUCUUCCUUCAACAGUCUGCAGCGCGUCCCAUCCUACGACAACUUUGACUCCGAGGACUACCCCAACGCCCUACACGGACACAAGCCCAAGGGAACCUUCAAGGACUACGUCAGGGAGCGCUCAGACCUCAGCAAGGACAAACCUGUCAUCCCCGCCGCAGCACUCGCAGGAUACACAGGCAGUGGCCCCAUCCAGCUGUGGCAGUUUCUGCUGGAGCUUCUUACGGACAAAUCCUGUCAGUCCUUCAUCAGCUGGACGGGAGACGGCUGGGAGUUCAAGCUGUCCGACCCUGACGAGGUGGCUCGGAGGUGGGGGAAGAGGAAAAACAAGCCCAAGAUGAACUACGAAAAGCUGAGCCGAGGCCUGCGCUACUACUACGACAAGAACAUCAUCCACAAGACAUCAGGGAAGCGCUACGUCUACCGCUUUGUCUGUGACUUAAAAAGCCUGCUGGGAUACACCCCCGAGGAGCUCCACGCCAUGCUGGAUGUCAAGCCUGAUGCGGACGAGUGAAAACAGAGGGAUGAGAGAAGAGAAGAAGAAGAGGAGAGUAAAGGAGCCAAGGGGACUGGGGCUCAGAGAUUGAUAUUUACCGUCCGGUAAAAGGGGGCGUCCAUUUUGGGACCAAACAUGUUCAUUCUUAACACCUAAACUGUGGUCUGUAUCAUUUUGAGCUGUUGUCAAGCGGUGUUCAGAAAAGAAGCACUAUGCCAAAUGUGCAAAUUCAUAAUAUGUUGCAUUUGAGAUAGAUACAGGUAUUACUUAGUAACUCAAGGCACAAGGAAAGCUAUCAAUUAGAAUAGAAUGGCCAUUUAGCCUAAGUAGGACAAAAAAAAACUGCCAUUGAGGAAGAGGGCCAAGAGACAGUGAAGGAAUCAUUUUAGGGAAGGACAUUGCAUGGAUGGAGAGUUCCUUCUAUGGAAUUUGUUGCCAAAUUAAAAAUGGAAAGUAGUGGAAAUACGUCACUGUUUCUAUGCCACUGCACACAAUAGGCAUUGGGUAGAGUUCACAGCUUGGACCAAAAAAGUAUUUUUAUUUUUACUGUUGUUUCAGAAGCAUAAUGUUUGUGCCAGUAUUAUCGUUGAGAUUGUACUGUUGAGUCUCAGUCCGACCAGGGUUCCCCCGUUUAGUUUUUUUUAUGCUGAUGAAGCUAUUCUGAAACCAAACAUUGCACCAUUUAAGGCUAAGUUAGUCCUGUCUCCUCUCUGCGAAAGCCCAAUAACUGAAACAUGCUGAUUUGGUUAUACAGAUGACACUAGACACUGGCGUUUUUACUCAUUUUCAUAGGUUGGAUGGAGAGUAACUUACUCAUACCAAGAGUGGUUGAUAGACAACUGAAAGUAACCGUUGCUUUAAAACUGACGCUUUCACCUUUGCACAUUUGCCGCUUCACUAUAGAAAUAUACUGUCUGCCACCAGGACUGCAGAUUGCAUACAUUACUGUCCUGCCACCAGUAAUAAAAGUCCUUAGACACCCUUUCUGUGGUAAGUUUUGAAAGUAUGUGGACACAAAAGAGUCAAACGUGCCCAAUCUGUAUAUUAAGUGAUUUUCCAUGCCCCCAUUUUAGCAUUGUUUUAGACGAGAACAAAUAGGGAGGGACCUAUUGUCGACAGAUUGAAUUGCGAGCCAUGUACAUGAGGGAUUGUUUUUGUCGGAAAGCGUAGGAAUGUAGAGUGUACUGUAUUUUUGUGUGUUAUGUGGUGUUCUCUGAAUGAAGGGAAGCUGCCAUUGCUAGGUAAGGUAUAUCAAGGUGCAUGAUGGUAGUAGGAUGAAAAGAUAAGGGUUCGAAGCAAGGAGUAUAAACUUUGGAUGACUGUUUGAAGAAGAGGACUGGGUGGCUUUGGAGGGAACCGUGGAGUUGUGGAGUUGUGAAGUUAAAGAGAAUGAUCAUCAUUAUGGCAUGAGGAUGAGAUUAAUGCUUGUGCCGUUGCACAGCUUGGAGGAUUUUGUUAACUGAAGUGUUUGUAUAGAUGCUCCCUUUCACCACUGUCGGAGGAGGUAGAGAUCUAUAGGAAACAGGACUACCAUAACAGUUGGGCUAAAGGACUACUUGGAGAGAUUGUGGCAUUAUAUGCUAUUUUCUUACCAUGCUUUGUACAUGCUUUUAUAUUGUUUCUAAGACAAAAGGACAUCCCAUUCAGUAUAUGGAAUGGAUAAAUGAAAUUAUAUGCCCUGAAUACUGUAUGUACUUGUGCAGCUUGCUGAAGAUCCACAGUAGUUUUGCUGGUUGUCGUCAGUGGGAACAUGACUGUACGCAGGCAUUAUGGGAAAAGCCGAAGUCAAGAAAUAUCAUCUUAAAAUACAAAUGUUAUUGUUUACAGUGGCUGAAUGUUACCCAUAUUGAUGAAAAUAGGUUUUGAAAUGUCUAUUUGUACAGAUUGUAUUUCAUAACGCUUUAUUAAGACCCAGAUUAAACAAAUAAGCAAGAGACAAAGCAGGAAUAAUAACCAAACCCAUGUGAGGUCUGGGCGAUAGAUAGCGCUUUGGGUUUGUCCACCAUCUUGGAGGACAUGGACCGUUAUUCCCUCACGUUCAAAGUGUUGUUUCUGCUUUGAUCUUUUGAUUUGUUGGAAAGCACUCAGCAUUAGGACUCAGCAAAGAGAUUUGGCUGGACUGACUGUAGUUCCCCCUUGAGAUUAUAGGAAAGCGAUUUCUUUCCAUAUUAGUUACUUUUUAGUUGGGCAACUGACCACAGAGUUGGUACUUCAAGUGUCAGUCAGCAUAAACACACACACACCCACACACACACACAUGUAAUUGUGUAGAGAAGAUUGAAUUCUCUUGAACAAAUCAAUCCACCCAAUCUCUGUGGUUCCGUCCUUUAUGCACGCUACAUUUCCAGGAUUCACAUCACUGUUUGAUUAUUACUGUUCAGAUGUUUUUACUUCAAAGAAUGUUUUUUUUUAAUGUUAGGACAACUGUUCAGAUAUUUAAAUAUAUGCUUAAGUUGUUGUUGACGAUGCCUUCCAGCUCCAAGCCAGUCACCAUUUUGAGUAGAUCAGAAUAUAAUAUCUUUGUCUGUUUAAAUGGAACAUAUACUGUGUCUGUUUGGUCUUCAAAGUCAAGUUUGUUUCAGUAAAUGUCAUUCAUAUACAUUAAGUUGUAGACACAAGUAUUGCACAGCUAUUUCUAAAUGGACUAAAUACAUACAUACACAGAUACCUUGCCAUAUUACCAUAUCUCAAACUGCUCCACUAGGAAACCUGUUUUGUUAUGGAUGGUGUUGUUUUUUGUAUAUUUUAUAGUGUUUCUGUAUUUUUGUUAAUGAGAUACUUUUUAUGUAUUUAGUUCACAAACAUUUGAAUAUUUUUCAAUAAUUUAUAUUUUAUAAAAGAAAAAGACACAGACAGCUGGUGCUUUCAUGGGAAAUAAAGGUAGCACAGGAAAAAAUGUAGCGAUUUUCUUUCGAUAUAGAGAAUAGACCUUUCUGUUAAAGAAAAAGGCUGAUGCUGGCCCAUCAUUGAUUUCUGCUGGAAAGUUUUAUAAACUGAAGCUUCUAUUUCUUAAUGUACUUUAAAAAAAAUUAUGUCAUAAAAAAUAUAUGUGAACAAAUAUUUCAUA